ACUUCAAAUUAUAAAUUUUUGGAAAAUUAAAAAAUGGGAGCCUUUUUAGCAUACACAUUAGUCAUUGCAGCAUUGUGCAGCCAUGCAAACUCCCAGUUAGUUCCGGCUAUCAUCACGUUCGGAGAUUCAACAGUCGAUGUCGGAAACAACGACUACAUUCACACCAUAUUCAAGGCCGACCACCCUCCCUAUGGCCAGGAUUUCUCCAAUCGGGAACCUACCGGAAGAUUCUGCAAUGGCAAAUUAGCCACAGAUAUCACAGCUGAGAAUCUUGGAUUCACAAACUACGCGCCGGCGUACCUGAGCCCACAGGCGUCCGGGAAGAAUCUUCUCCUCGGAGCCAACUUCGCCUCCGCGGGCUCCGGAUACGACGACAACACGGCCGAACUAAGCCACGUGAUUCCACUAUCACAGCAGCUGCAGUAUUUCAAGGAAUACCAAAGCAAGCUAGCAAGCGUAGCCGGUAGCAAAAACGCGUCUUCAAUCACCAAAGAAGCGUUAUACCUCAUCGGCGCCGGCAACAGCGACUUCUUGCAAAACUACUACGUCAACCCUUUCCUCAACAAACACUACACCGUUGAUCAAUACUCCUCCAUUCUCAUCAACAUCUUCUCCAAUUUUGUCACGAGCUUGUAUGGACUUGGAGCAAGAAAAAUUGGAGCUACUUCACUGGCACCAACAGGCUGCCUCCCUCUAGCAAGAACCAUAUUCGGGCAGCACGAAAAGGGCUGCGUAUCGAGCUUCAACACCGAUGCUCAGCAGUUCAACAAGAAGAUCAAUGCAGCUGCUUCCCAGCUCAAGAAGCAGCUGCCCGGCUUGAGGCUCGUCAUCUUUGACAUCUACAAGCCCAUCUACGACCUUGUCGCCAAUCCGAAGAAAUAUGGCUUCGUGGAGGCAACGAGAGGCUGCUGUGGGACGGGGACUGUGGAGACGACGUUUGUUCUGUGCAAUCAGAAGUCGGGAACUUGCAGCAACUCCUCGGAGUUUGUGUUUUGGGAUAGUGUUCAUCCCUCUCAAGCUGCAAACCAAGUUCUUGCUGAUAGUCUAAUCAUUCAAGGAAUCUCUCUUGUUGCUUGAUACAAUAGUACACGAUUUUUCUCUUGUGUUUUACAUCUUCACUGAAAAAGUUUGUGAGCUUCUGUUGUAUUAUUUGCUGUCAUGUUGUCUUUACACAGGCUACUCAAUCAUCAAUUGUAAUAUUGAAAUGGACAGUUUUCUCUGUUUCAAGAUA